UUCGUUGCAGACCCGGCAUGUUGGAGUGACUCCGCGUCCCCGCCUCAGGGCAACGAGGAGGUCGUCGGUUCGCAGGCGACGCAGCCUUGGCCAGCGCUCUCCCUCCCCGCGCCGGGACGCCUUCGAGGAGGCCAUGCGAGCAGCCGCCGCGCCGCACUCCAGUCCCAGAACUCCGGGGGAGGACUCCGCGCCGACCGACAUGGCAGGCGGACGGAUAGGCCUACGCCCAUCCUGCUCCGCGCGGCCUACCGGGUCCGGGCGACGGGACGGGCUCAGUGGCGAGUGCGCGGGGGCCGAGAGGGACUCGCGGCUCUCCGUCAGGACCUCGCAGGGGGAGCGCGAAGGGGCCGUGACCUGUGAUGAAAGGGGACCUGAAAGCACGAGAACAGUGAUGGGGGGCGGGAGAAGGGGGUGUGCCUGUGCCUCGGAAAGCAGCCGAACGAGCAGUGUGUGGACUUGGGCGUCGCGGAAGCAGAUGCAGGGCGCCCUGCUGAUGACCUGCUUGUACCUCCUGCUGGUGGCGGCCGGAGCAGCUGCACAGGAUUCCCGUUGCUUCCUGACGCAGGGAGGAUCCGUGGAGAACUUCUUCGUCCGGGAGAGUCUUCCCGUGGGCAGUACCAUCGGAACGCUCCGGCUCGAGGGCGACGCCAGCGCCAACGGAGACAUCUACCUCAGACUCAAGGAGAAGAAUUCGCCCGUUCAGAUCUCAGACAACUCCAAGAACCUCACGCUCACGAAGAAACUCGAUAAAGAGGGCAAAGAUGGCGAAGCUCACGUCAUCGUCAACGUCAUUUGUGAUCGCAGGGGGGCCACGGACCCGAGUUUCACCAUACCAGUCAACAUUCGGGUGACAGACGACAACGACAAUGCUCCAAUUUUCGUGAAUGCUCCUUAUUACGUGAAUGUCUCAGAGGUGACUGUCAUCGGGACAGUUAUCGUCGGAGACAUCUUGGCCGUCGACGAUGACCAGCAGGGACCCUUUUCCACGGUGCAAUACUCCAUCCUGCCCGGACCUUACUCGGACAUGUUCGCUUUCGAGUCCCCUCUGCGCGGCGCCCUUGUGCUCAAGCAGCCUCUCGACUACGAGCGUCUGCCGGUCUUCAAUAUCACCAUCCUUGCCCAAGACCAGGCAGCUGAGGCUCGCAGCAGCAGCACUGUAGUCACCAUACAGGUCCAAGAUGCUGAUGACCAGAAUCCAGCCUUUGCCAGGGAUCACUAUAUGGCUGUGAUCCCAGACAACCCAGUUAAGGGUACACCCAUUGAGGUGCAGCCAGAGACCGUCCGAGCUGUGGAUAGGGAUGCAGGUAUCAUGGCAGAGGUUACUUACUCCUUCAGUAGAGAUGAGGAAGCAGCAAGGUAUUUCAAAAUUGAUCCCAAAACAGGAGAGGUCUCCCUCUCCAUGAACGUGCCUGAUGAUCAGCUCCACCAGCCAGCCACACUUGUUGUCAGGGCUACACAAGUUGACAACCCUGAUCGCUAUGCCCUGACAACAGUGACCUUGUCCAGAAGGGGAUACUAUUCAACUCAGCUUCAGUUUGUCCAGCGAGAUUAUGUUGCAACAGUCUUGGAGAACUUACCUAAACACUCCCUCAUUGCUCCUACUAUAAUAAAUAAGAACCUUGAUUCGAAUAUUCGUUUCAGCUUGGAAAGAAAUGGUGACGGGGUAUUUGGUAUCUCAUCAUCAGGUCAAAUCAUUCUUGAGUUUGAACUUGACUAUGAAUUAAAGCAAGAAUACAAUCUGCGUAUUUAUGUCACAGAUGGAGAGUUUAAUGACACUGCAACAUUGAGAGUUCAAGUUCUCAAUGUCAACGACUGGGAUCCACGAUUCCGUUACCCACAGUACGAGUUCUAUGUUACAUCCACCACUCUCAGACCAGGAGAUGCUGUGGGCACCAUAGAAGUUGCAGAUGGUGACCGUGGGGACCAAAUCACUCUCACGGUUAUGGGGGAGGAUGCAAGAAUGUUUGCCAUCUCAAGUGAUGGAGAACUGAGAGUCAGAGACCUAACAACACUCAACUCUACAGAAGCCCACAUUGUUAUUCAGGCAAAGGACUCUGGAUCUCCGCCAAGGAUGGCAUCUGCCCCAGUGACUAUCAAUUUUCCUGCUGGUAUGGUCAAGUCAUCCCCCCUUGGUGCCACCUCAAGCUUCCUCCUCAUGGUCAUUUUUGGUGCUCUGCUCGGGGUCUUUGUCCUUGUUAUCAUCUGCCUCGCAAUAUACAUCCACAAAAAUAAAAAAUACCGAGAUGACAAUGAUGCAGCAUUGCCAACCAAGAUGAGCCAGAUUGUGACAAAUAAUGUUCCUCACACCAAACUGGACCCUCUCUCGCCUCUCAAUCACCAGAUGCAAGGAAAUGGGAGACAGAUGACACCUAUUGGCACUCCCAUGCCAACUGGUGCAUUGGCUGGAAUUGAGGAACCAACGGCAAAUGACCACGUCAAUAACAAUAAUGCUCACACAAAUAACAAUAAUUACGGAGGUGGUGGCAGUGUUAGAGCUAGCACAAUUUCAGUUCGUUCAAAUAUUGGUGGUGGCUCUGCCCAUGGAAGUCGCCGCUAUCUGAAGAACCCCUUAGCCAAUGGUUCUUUACCUGCAGCAUCAUCACACACUUCAGAUCAACCACAUGGAAUUGACGGCCAUUCUUUAAAUGGGACUGUCAGAUCCCACUCAACUACAGCUUCAACAGCUUCUUUAAAUGAUAGUCUAGACCCACAGAUCAGAUCCUCUACAGUGAGUAUAGGAGGAAGGAGUUCUAUUGGGAUGAGUCCAUCUCCAAUUGGGUCAGCCCGGGCACUAGGUGGCCUCCCCCACAGCAACAAAGUUGGUCCCGCACCCACUCCGCCCCCACCCCCAGCCAAUACACCUUUCCCUGAACAGUCAUCCCCGGGAGGCCUUUCCACUGUGUCGCUGGACUCGCUGCCUACCAAAAUUGCGUGGCCUCAUGGGUCCAUUCCAAAGAGAGUAAAGAAAUUAUCAUGGGAAGAUGAACUCAGCAAUAAGACGGAGUUGGAUCCUGAAGUCAGUGUUACUCCAAUGCCUCAGUCAUCCGUCACGGACACUCCAAAUCUCACCGUUUACUUCUAAGACUGUACAUGAAGUCACCUCUUUUGAAUGUCUUCCUGAGGGCCUGAUGCAAAGGCCUCUCAAUCUGAUAAUCUGUGUGUUAUGGUCUUGAAUGUAAUAUAAUCUGUGUUAUGGACCUAAAUGUUAUAUAAUCUGUGUGUUAUGGACCUGAAUGUUAUAUGUGCAUUUAGGGAGCCCAGUGAUAUGGACCCACCAGUGUCAGCUCCAGCAGAAACACUUAACGAGCCUGUAAUUGUUGCCUUACAAGGUUGUAUAAGUGGAAUAAGUUUACUAGAAUGAUGGACUAGUCGUGUCAGAAAUAGACAGAUUAUAUAUGCUGGUGCAUUAUAAGUGCAUUUUAUUUUCAGAUAACUUGAAAACUCAGAAUCAGAUAAAUAUUAUUUGUCAUACCAGGAAACAUGGUGGUGUGUUAUUCAUAAAAAAUGCCAGUGAAUUAAUUUUUGACCAAGAUGAUAUAUGGUCAAAGGAAAGCUUACAUAGAAAAUGUGGCUAUAUAUGAGAAAAACAUUUUAUCAAAUAAUUAUUAUGAGACAGGACUCUGUUUUGUAAAUGCAUGAAAAAAACACAAUAAGUUUGGCUAUGGACCUAAAUACUUGAAAGUGAUGAGUAUCAUCAUUUUGAAUAGUUCCUGGCAAUCCUAGGGUUGCAAUUUGCUCCUUAAGCCAUGUGUUAAAUGUAUAAUUUACUAAUGCCUGCAACUUUUUUGUGUCAUGUAUGAUUUUCAUGCACCAUGUUUUCUAUGCUGCCAUCCAUUCCAAUGUUUUGUAAACUAGCAGUAAAUCUGCUUUUGCAUCCUGUAUGUUGUCUUCUGAAAUUAGAGAAUUCACCAGUGCAGCUGAUUGUAGUCUGUGUAUUUGUGGUUUUGCAUCACAUAUGUUCAGCAGUUUUUAAAUGACAGCAUUGUUGGUAAUUCUUUAUUACUCUUAAACAUGGCUGAUUUCUUGUAAUCAAGAACAUGCUACAGGGCUUUUCAUACUGUGCAUCUGUUUUUAUAAAAGUAUAACUUCCUUUUUUUAAUCCAAGGGGCCAAACCAUCUCAGAAUCCCUACUUGUUGCACAUAUUUCAGCAGGUAUAAUUGUAUAGUACACUAACUUCAUGCUUGUGAAAAGUCUUUGAAUUGCAUUGUAGAUGUGCACAAGAGAUAUUUAGUAUUACCUCUUUCUUGCCAUUUCAGUUCUUACUACAAAUAUUUGAAAGUACUAUCCUAGUGCUACAUAGGUAUAUGUAUAUAUACAGUACACACUUCUCCAGUCAGCCUUUAUGUGAUAUAGUAAGAAACACUGUGAAACACUGACUGUGGAAAAAAUGUCUGCAUUUUGAUUCACUGUGAGAUAUAAGGAUUAUCAAGGCUUUUUUGCUGUCUUCAGAAAAAAAACAUAGCUGUAUUGCUUAUAUUCAAGAAAACCUCUUAUUCUUUGAUAACAAUAGAACCUCCUAUUUUUUCAUAGAGACCAUAAAGUCAACUUUGGCAAUAUACCUGAAUAAAAGUAAUGAUGGAAGUUCAAAUGAAGUGCAUUCCCAUAUAAUGUUGGUGUUUUUACAUCCAUUUCAUGAAGCACUGUUAAGCAUUAUUCUUGCAAAGUGCAAAUAACUCACCAGUGUGAUAAUAGGGUAACUAGUAGCCUAGUAACAAUAUUUCUUGUGGAUACAUAAAAAUAACCAAGUUUAUAUUUGACAAGGUUUGGUUUGUGAUGUUUUACCAAUCUUGAGCAGGGUGUCAUUGUGUUGGGUUUCAUGAACCAUUUCCUCUGUGUGUUAAUAUGUCGCAAAGGUCACAGAGAUGUUGCUAUUUUUCAAUACAUAGUCUAAUAUGUGUUCCACUAUGAAAGAACAAGAUUAUCCACGUGAAAGUCAAGUAAUGUAUUGGUAUGCUUUCUGUCAAAAUGAUGUUGGUCAUUGCUGGCUUUGCAGUUGCAGUCUCAGGUCCACACCCACCCACCCUCCUAGUUACAUCAAUUUUGACUGGGCUGGGGUCAAGGCAGAAAGGAAUCAGCCACCCUACCACAUUGUUCCACUGUACAGUAUACGUUCCUUUAUGGACAUAAUCCCAAACAUCCAUUUUGAUAUGGGACCAACUUUUUUGGUAUUAAUGUCUAUAAAGUUACACAUUGUGGUAUACUGUACUGAGAAUUUAUGCUUUAUUUUCUGGUUUUGUUUGUCUUUACAUCAAUACUUUGAAGAACCAGUGAAAUUUGUGUGAUCUAUAAAAACUGACUGUGGUUAAUUACAUUCAGAAAGAAUGUUUUUUGUAUUUGGAUGCAUUUUUUGUGAAAAAAAACAUCAUAUAUAUAAUACUCCUAAUGUCAACAAAUUUGAUUAUAUGUAUGCAUAGACUUGCUUAGUCUUAACUGAGUGUUGAAGGACUCAAAAGUUCAGGCCUUAUUAUCAUGUCUCUUACUGAUUAUUGCCAAUAUGGGUGCCUGUACUCUAUCACUCUUUGUGGUUUCAGAAGGACGUAUUACAUAAACUGGCCAUUGCCCAUACCCAUACAUUAAGUGAAUUUCAUCCCCUAAUUCCAAGCACUGGCUUCCUUCCUUAAUUGGUGUGGAUUUAUGAGCCAGGGAAGAAUGCCAGGCAAGUGAUUUGCCAGCAGUCUUUUUUCUUUACAUUUACUUCAUCUCGUAUAUUACUUCUGUUUGUGAUAUUAUCUGCAUUUGCCAUAAGAAGGUCAGAGCUAUUCAGCCAUUUAAUUGUCUGCAUUUUUCAUAAAGAGUUUGUUAUUCACCAGCAUGGUUUUUAGUCAGACCUUCAUCAGAUUUGAAGUGAACAUUGUUAUUCUUAAAAUGAAACAGUCAUGAUAAGAAAGGAGCAGUAAAUCUUGACAUCUUGUGUCAGGCGUUAAAACUAACAUUUUGUUGUCUGUUGAGGACUUCACUCUGACUCAUUACACCAUAGUCUAUUUCUUGUGGCUGUUUUUCAUGUCAACUUUGUACACAUGUCACUGUUUUUGUAUUUUGUUCACUUUUAUUGUCUUUUGGCUCUCAUCAUCAAUUUUUUUCCACAAUAUUCAUAUACUCAAGUUGAGCGUGUGUAUCUUUGAAUAAUGAAUUAUAUUAAUAAAAUACAGCUACAGGUGCUUCCUUUAAGAGACCAAAACCUAGAGUAACAUAUAGACAUAUGGUAGAUCUUUUGUAUAUACAUAUAAAUAUAUAUAUAAGGAAAAAAGCUAUAAAUAGACUGCAAAUGGUUGGCUAUGUGCAAUCUAUUUUUGUAUAUAUGAUUAUUUUAUGUCUAGUGAUGAAAUAUUCUUCCACUGUAAUUUAUUAACAUGCCUCUAUUAUGCCUGAAUGAAAAUAUUGUAUGGAUAUGUUAGUAAUAAAAUGUGUAAUUAUG